GAUGAUUUUUGUUUUGAGCGCGACACCCAGCCGAUUUUUCAAUUUUGGAGGGUGGAAUGAAAUCAAAACAAUUGUUGUCGCUAUCUGCGCAAUUGUUGUGACCACAAUUCUCAGUUGCCGAGUUGGAAUUUCAACGGUCUCGCGAAUUCUGAAGCUUUGCAGUUUGAAUCUUUUGGAAAUUCUGAAAACAUGGCCAAGAACAAGUGGACGUGGUUCAAGGAGAUCAAAAGCCCGCAAGAUUUGCAGCCAAAACAACUGGAGGAUGCUUACUGCAUCAAGAACCAGGCCUGCUCGAAAGGCAAGCAUCGGCCCUGCAAGAACAACCCUCGCUGCGUGGUGACCAUCAUCGACAAGUUCUGGUCGGCCGAAGAACCGCCGGCCAGCAAUUCCGAGGGCAUGCUCAAGUACGACCUACCUUACGCCUUUGCAGGACUCAAGAACUACGGUGCUCUGUGCUACUGCAACGUCUUUCUCCAGCUCUGGUACCACAACCGCCUCUUCAGAGAUGCUAUUUACAAGUGGCAUCCUGUGACUGACGGAGACAUGGACCCAGAAGUUUUUCAGGCGACAGAGACGUACUUGCCCGAAGCGAAUUCCAUCAUCGGACAGCUCCAGUUGAUCAUUGCUGAGAUGGAGUUUGGCAAUGCAAAAGUCGUAGACCCUUUGAAGCUGGUCGAAGCGCUCAGCCUGAAUCAGAACGCGCACCAGGACCCUCAGGAGUUUGCCACUUUGUUCCUCAACAUUGAGCAGUACAUGGUGGAAAACAUCUGUAAAAAGAUCUUCAUGACCGAGUGCAACUCUGUCAUAGAGUGCAAUGAGUGUGGAACUGCAAGGACCACACCGAAUUCGAUGCUCAACUUCCAGCUGCCGUUGACGUCCAAGAAGCAGACCGUCCAAGAAAUCAUCAAAUCCACCAUGGAUGGAGAGAAAAUGGACGAGGAGAAUCAGUACUUCUGCGGAGUUUGCCUAAAGAAAUGUGACGCCGUCAAGAAAUUGGAAUUCACCAAGUUGCCUCCAACGUUUGUGAUCCAAGUGCUACGUUCCGAGUACAACAGAGAAAAGAACAGGAUCACGAAGCUCAAAACCUUUUUGGAAAUCAACCAGGAAAUUGAUUUGUCCCCGUUUUCCUCCGAAACGGCCGACAGCACCAACGCCAAGAAGUACAAACUGAGUGCAGUUGUCGUCCACUUGGGGGAGGAAGUGUCCGGUGGCCAUUACAUCAUCAACGUCAAAGAUGCAGACAAGGGCAAGUGGUACUCGUUCAAUGACUCCAGCAUAGAGCCUAUGCACAAAUUGUGCUUGGUUGAAGGAGGCAAAACUGGCAAAAUCAGCAAAGUCCAUCCGGAUUCGCUGCUGUCCAACUGUGCCUACAUGAUUGUGUACGACUCGGUGGACCAGCCAGAGGUCGUCCCCACCCUGCCACCUUGGCUUGAGAUGCACAUCAGCACCCAGAAUGCUAUAUUACAAACUGAGGAGGGAGAUAAGCAGACUGAUGAGAACAUGAAAAACGAGUUGUGGCAGUUCAACAAAGAGUACUUCUCGGAAAUCUUGGAGCACAUUGUUCCCAAGAAUGAAACUGGGGAGUUUUUACCUUUGUCGUGGGUCACCGCGUGGGCUGAAAACCCCCAAAUGGAUGACGUCAUUGAAAAUGAGAGUUUCUUGUGUCCUCACAAAAAGUUGGCCUACAACAAAGUGUCGGAAACGAGGUUGGUCAGCAACGAUGUGGCUGACACGUUAUUUGAGAAAUACAAAGGAGGACCCCGGCUUGCCCUGCCACAAAGUCUGUGCAGCGAGUGCAUCGCAAUUCGCUGCAACCUGCUGCAGCUGCAAGAGGCUGUGGACAAAGACUCGAAACUGGUGACACAGGAAAUGAAGGCUCUGAAAGGAUCAGAGUCUGAGGAUAGCUACUGGGUGAGCAAGGCCACCUUUGGAAGGUGGCGCACCCUGGCCAAACAAAGGAUUGAAAACCAGCUGGCCGAGUCGGGAGAGCAAAAUUCGGAGCAAGAGGAUGAGCCCAUGGAAGACAAAGCCUCAGAGUCCCCUGAAGGAGGCAAAGAGUGCAUCACCAAUGGUGUCAGCGACUCGGAACCUUCCGAACCCAAAAGGCCGAGGCUCUCAUCCGAGACUUCUGCAGAGGAAAAGGAACCUGCUGCCGAGGAGGAGCACAAGAAAAACGGCCACACUUCACCGUUUGACAUGAAGGAGUUCAUUCUGAACAGUGACCUGGUGUGCGAGCACGGAGCAUUGUCCACAAAUGAGAGCUUGCGGCGAUUGGUGCCGAAAGUGGUUUGGAACACUCUGAAGCUGUAUUUCCCCAACUCCCUGGAGUUCCCUCUGCAAACUGAGACCUGCGAGACAUGCCAGGACCACGACUUGAAGGACAGCGUCAAGCUGGAGGAAAGAGUGGAAUUUGCCAAAAAGCUGAAGGAUUCGUUGCCGGCGCUGAUCGCCUUCCCGAACACCAAAACCAGCAGCAACAAGCACGUGAGGUUCGAGACGCCCUCGAUGCGGCCCAAGACGCUCUACGUCGUCAACUUUGAUUUCGUCCAGAAGCUGAGCAGAUUCGUUAAGAACCCGACCAAAGUUGCCCCGCCGACCGAGAUCCAGAACAGCGGUCUGAUGUGCAAGCAUCAGUUGGUGCACGUCGACCUGGGCAUGAACGGCUCCUUCGAUGUCAUGCCCGACGACAAAAGCUUCUGGGUGCUGAUCGAGCCCUCCGACUGGGAAGUCUUGAUCAAAAACUUUUGCUCCGAUUACCUGAUUGUGCUGCAAUCGACGCACUCGGCCACCGAACCUGACCAAGUCUUUCCAGAAAUGUGCAUCGAGUGCCUGGUGAACCGGAAGAAGAACAUCAACUUCAACUACGAGAACUCGUACGUCCACAUCAGGAGGGUCGAAAGCGACCUGUCGCCCAAGAAGAUGUCCGCGAGCAAAUCUGCUCCGAGUGACCCAGGCCGAUCGCGGAGGCGCAGACACAAAGUCGACUUUGACAUCAAAGUGAGCGCGGCCGACUCGAUCAGGACCGUCAAAAAGGAGAUCAUGAAGAAGCUGGACAACGGCUCGUGCUUCAGCGACCUGCACCUCUUCUCGCAGGACGGCCGCGCCCUGGACGAGCUGGACAGGACCCUGCGCGAGUACGAGAUCAGCCAGGACACGACCAUUCUGCUCAAGGAGGAUAAGAUCAACGAGGAAAAUUCGGAUGGCGAGAGUUGUUGUGCGUUGACGGCGGAUCCAGAACAGGGCUUCGUCGGAACCAUCCUUGCCCAGCAGUGAGUCCUCGAAAGCCUUAGUGGAGAAUUGUCGACUGAUUAAGAAUUUAUUCAAGAUUUGUUUUAGCGUUUAGUUUAAAAAAAAGUUGCAACAAGCGGAAUCCUGAGGACCGCCUUUUGUUUUUAUCUCCAACACGUCUCUGAGGAAGAAAAUAAUAUAGGCAUGAAAUAUGGAGACGUGUGAAUUGUUUUUAAAAGGGUAUAAAGUCUUAAAACAUUUCUAUGAGAAAUGAAUUUCCCGUCACUUUGUAAAAGUGGCCACACUAAAUGAUGCAUUUAACACGUGAAUUACGAACCUACGCUGUACCUUCAAUGUUAAUGGCAAAUUAAAUGUGUAAAAAAUGUUUGCAAUUAAUUAAUUCAUCGUGUAAAAGCAAGUUUUCUAUGAUAAAUAGAAUAUGGAAUUUCUGGACUUUAAAAAAAAAAUAUUCAAUCCAUUGAAAUAAAGUUUCCAUCACUGAGA